UUCUAUUGAUAUCUCUUUCCAAUAUCCUUGCAAACCCCUCAAAAUUAAAAAAUAAAAAAAAGAAAAAAAAUCAAAAAACAAAAAACACACUUCUGCUUUCGUUUUCCUUGUUUUCCCUGUUUCUGUUUUUCGUUCUUUUAUUUUUCUUCUCUCUGUUUUCUCCGGUUGGAUACUCUGUUUUUCUUUUUUCUUCUAAUCCCUGUUUUUCUAGGGUGAGAUUUUUGCAGGGAUUUUGACAUGUUCGAUGUUGAUGUUCUCUCACUUGGAGAUUAUUUGUUAAACUGAAAACCCAAAAAAGGGAAAAAAGAAAAAAAAAAAGAGAGGGAAAAAAAGGUUCUUUAUGAUAUGGGUUUUUUUGCGUUGGUUGCGUUUAUUUAUUUAUUUAUUUUUGGCUAUUCGGAAAACAUUAUUACUCAAUACGGGUUUGCUGAGAAAUAAAACCAAGUUUCUGAGAGAUGGGUUUUUCUGAAACGGAUCGAAAAAGUUGGUUCUUGCAAUCGGCAAAGCUAUAGCAGCUGAAGAGAAGCUACGGUUUCGUGUUUUUAUUUCAAAAAAAAAAACAAAAAAAAAAUUGAUUUUUCUAUUUUGAAAUAAAAGACAUGGGUGAAGCAAACGAAAGAAGAAGCAGAGCAAUGGAAAAUAUUUCAUUGGAGAUGGAAAAAUACCCAAGAGAUCUGUUGCAGAGAUUUAUGAUAAGCAGCAGCAGCAGCAACGUGCAACAACAGCAGGCAGGAAAUAAAGCUGCUGCUGAUGCUGAUGAAGAAGGAGAUUCAGAGGAGGUGGAGUUAAAUCUCGGGCUUUCAUUGGGUGGUCGAUUUGGGAUCGAUAAAGAUGCGAAGAAGAAACUAAUCCGAUCCUCUUCGAUUGCCGGAACAAUCCCACUAAUCAGAGAAGAAAAGGCGACGGUUUCGCCUCCUCCGGUUUCUUACCCAAGUCUGAUAAGGACGUCUUCGCUUCCGACGGAGACUGAGGAAGAGUGGAGGAAGAGGAAAGAGUUGCAGACUUUGAGAAGAUUGGAAGCCAAAAGGAGAAGGUCGGAGAAGCAGAGGAGCUCUACGAGAGCUGAGAGAGAAAGCAGCUCUUUGGAAGAAGAACCCCAACAACAACAACAACAGCAACAGCAACAGCAACAGGGGGUUGUUUCGAAUACGAUGAAUUCGAAGGUUGUUCCACCUUUUGGGUCGCCCACAUGGGCUGCGGCGGCUAGACAGGCCGUACUAGGUGGUGGUGGUGGUGGUGGUGUAAUGUCGAAAGGGAAGGUUGGGUUUUUGGGUGGGCAAAACACUUCCCAAGGUUCUCUGGAGUCUCAAGGAGGGAGUUCAUCUGGGAUGUCGGAUUUGGAGAGUAAACCAGCUCAAGGAUCAAGCAGUUGUGGCGAAGCAAGAAGCCCUGCUAGUAACCAAUUGUUGCAAGAACGAAGCAAUCAAGACAUGCUAGGUUCUUCAGGAACAAAGUCAGUAGAAAGUGCAUAUAGAAGUUUGAAGUUGGAAAAUCCGUCGAAAAAACCUAGUACUGCGGAAAAUAGGGGAAGAGAAUCAGGAAUGAAUACCAUGGAAGAUAUGCCUUGUGUUUUCACAAAAGGAGAUGGUCCAAAUGGGAGAAGAAUAGAAGGAAUACUCUACAGGUAUGGAAAGGGAGAAGAAGUGAGGAUAAUGUGUGUGUGCCAUGGAAAGUUUCUGUCACCAGCAGAGUUUGUGAAGCAUGCAGGUGGUAGUGAUGUAACUAAUCCACUUAGGCAUAUAGUUGUAAACCCUUCCUCUACGCCAUUUUCAUAAUGGGCAGUACCUGUAUUCUAACCCCUUCUUUUAAAAAAAAAAGAAAAAAAAGGGGAUGUGAAAUAGGAAAUAGAAGAAAAAGAAAAGGAGAUAUUCAAAACACCGCUCUUUUUUCUUUUUCAAUUUUAUUUUAUUUUUUAGCUCUAGUUUUUCUUUGGGGAAGUUAUUGAAAUGGAACUGAAUAUAUAAAAUAAUGACUUUUUUCAUGUU